AUGUUACAAACAACAAGGACUAUUCGGUCGGUGUGUUCAUUAAGUCAAAAUUUACAGAAUUUACAAAUAAAUAAUAUUUUGAAAGCUGCUUCUUUGAUAUCAACCAGCAAAUAUAUUCAACAAACCAGAGGUAAAAAAGAUGAUUCAGGGAACAUUUCGUCACUAUUUAUACCGGUUCCGGUGAAACCGAAUCCGGACGAUAUAAAUGUAGGAGCUGAACUGACAGGGACUUUAAAUAAAGCGGAUUUAUUAAAGGUUUUAAAUAAAUUUUACCAGAGAAAAGACAUUAAGCAACUUUUAACGGAUAAUGGAUUAGAUAAUUAUUUGCAACACCAAGCUUAUGUUAGCUUUCGAAGGUACUGUUUGGAAGCAAAAAAUUUACCAGUCGAUCUUCAUGUGGUGAUAAGUGAUAUUCUUCAAGGUGCAGGACAUGUAACAGACAUUUUCCCUUACUUUUUACGACAUGCAAAACAAACUUUUCCUCACCUUGAUUGUAUGGACGAUUUAAAAAAAAUUUCCGAUUUGCGAUCUCCUCCAAAUUGGUAUCCCCAAGCUAGGGCUAUUACUAGAAAAAUUGUUUUCCAUGCUGGUCCUACAAAUUCAGGAAAAACUUAUCAUGCUUUAGAAAGAUAUAUUUCAGCAAAAUCUGGUGUUUAUUGUGGACCAUUAAAGCUGUUAGCAUCUGAAGUAUUUAAUAAAUGCAAUGGAAGGGGUACUCCUUGUGAUUUAGUCACCGGUGAAGAACGAAGUUAUGCUGAUCCUUCAGGAAAUCCAUCAGGACAUGUUGCAUGUACAGUUGAAAUGGCAUCAAUUAAUGUUCCUUAUGAAGUAGCUGUAAUAGAUGAAAUUCAAAUGAUUAAAGAUCCAGGAAGGGGAUGGGCUUGGACUAGAGCUCUUUUAGGAAUAAUGGCAGAAGAAAUUCAUUUAUGUGGUGAAGCUGGAACAAUAGAUUUAAUCCAACAACUUUGCUUAACAUGUGGUGAAGAUGUGGAAGUAAGAAAAUAUAAAAGAUUAACAGAAUUAAAAACAGAAGACACCGCUUUGGGAAGUUUAGACAAUGUACAACCUGGUGAUUGCAUCGUUUGCUUUAGCAAAAACGACAUUUAUUCAGUAUCCAGAGGAAUUGAAGCAACUGGAAAAGAAGUAGCUGUUAUAUAUGGGGGAUUACCACCUGGAACAAAAUUAGCUCAAGCUGCAAAAUUUAAUGAUCCUAAUAAUAGUUGUAAAAUAUUAGUUGCAACUGAUGCUAUUGGAAUGGGAUUGAACUUGAGUAUACGAAGAAUUAUAUUUUACUCUUUAAUUAAACCUUGUGUUAAUGAAAAAGGGGAGAAGGAAAUGGAUACUAUUUCGGUUUCUUCAGCUUUACAAAUUGCUGGUAGAGCUGGAAGGUAUGGAACGCAAUGGGAAAAUGGUUUAGUAACAACUUUUAAACCAGAAGAUCUUCCAACAUUAAAAAAUAUACUUUCACAACAACCUGAACCAAUUACACAAGCUGGUUUACAUCCAACAGCCGAUCAAAUCGAACUGUAUGCUUAUCAUUUACCAAAUUCAACACUUUCAAAUUUAAUGGACAUCUUCGUGAAUCUCUCAACUGUGGAUGCAUCCCUAUAUUUUAUGUGCAACAUUGAAGAUUUUAAAUUCCUUGCUGAUAUGAUUCAACAUGUUCCGCUUCCUUUAAGAGCUCGCUACGUUUUUUGUUGCGCACCAAUCAAUAAAAAGAUGCCGUUUGUUUGCACAAUGUUCUUGAAGUUUGCUCGUCAAUACAGUCGAAACGAUCCAAUAACUUUCGAUUGGCUUUGCAGAAACAUCGGCUGGCCCCUACAAACUCCAAAAACAAUCAUAGACUUGGUUCAUUUAGAAUCAGUUUUCGACGUUCUCGAUUUGUACUUAUGGUUCAGUUAUAGAUUUAUGGAUUUAUUUGGCGAAGCCGAUUUAGUUAGGGAUAUGCAAAAAGAAUUAGAUUUGGUUAUUCAACAAGGAGUUAUUCAAAUAACGAGACUUUUAAAGAACUCAGAAAGCGGUUAUAGUUCUGGAACUGGGGCUACUCCUGAUGAUGAGGAUUAUGCAGCUCAUCGAAAAAAACAAAAUUAUUUAAGAGGGAACAGAAAAACAAAUUUAGGUGGAGGAAGAUUAACAGAAAGAUUAUUAGCUCAAGGCCUUUUAACACCAAAUAUGUUACAAGAAUUGAAAAAGGAAUGGAAUCGCGAUGAUGAUUCAGGUGAUGAUGGAGAUGGACCAAAGAAAACAAGAAGGAAACGAAAAACGAAAUAAAAAGAGGUAAUUUGUAGAGCAAUCAUUUUAAAUUAAAAAAUUUUUCA